AUGCCUCCUACGGAGACCACGUUGGACGGCAUGUUGUGCCUGUCGCGUCACGAGAACUGCCCUUGGAGUGAGGCCCUCAAAUCCGCGGAAGUCAACUGGACGGGCCUCCAGUACACCUGCCUGAAAGUGCUGCACCUGUACUGCAAAGUGUUUGAGAAAGAAGAUGUACUGGAUAUGGUUAUUAGGUUAGGAAAUAAAGGCGAUGUUAGGAGUGAAUAG